AUGGCCGGGCUGGUAUAUAGGGGUGGCCCCUGUCGGAUUCCGCCGAGGAGCCCGCGCCCAGGCCGCUGCUGCUGUUGGUGCGAGGGAGCAUACUAUGUAGUAGGUCGAGUGCCGGCAUGGGCCUUAUUAGGUAGUGCGCAGUAUGGGUCAGGAUGCAAGAGCGACUCCAUCAAGCCUCACCGGUCAACAAGAGCCGACAGCAGCGCCUUGUCGAGUGCCGGCAUGACAGACGACCAACUGAUCCAGAUUAGAGGAGAGCAUGUCCAGAUCGGACUGGUGCCCGCCCGGGCGGAGAGGGUAGAAACAGCGGCGAAGACCGCUGCACAGCAGCUGCCAGGCCGAAGUUCCUGGAGGUCUUUGCGGCGCGGGUAUGAUUUUGCGGUCAUGCGGGCGCGUGCGCACAGCCUGGGCCGGGCUGCCAGGCUGCCAGGGCGACACGGCGCCCACGGGCAGUUCAGCCGGCCACGCGCUUGUCUGUUCUCGAAGCUGCUUCCCUGGCUGCUCCCCUGGCCGCUCGAUGCUACCCCUUUUCGCCCCGCAGGGUACGGGAGUAGCGACGACCUCUCAUUCACGUCUCGCGACGGGCCGCAACUCCAGAUUGCUCCAGGAGUUCAUCUCGCCCUGCUCCCUGUCGAUCGUCCCAGGCCUGGGAGUGCCUUCCCCAAAAACCGACCCCACUCUCCGCCUGGCCCCCAAUCGCAAAGCUUCCAUGGCUCGUCCCCACCCCACCCUUCCCCAACACUACCCCAAACCCAACCCUCUUCCCUGCCCAAGGACCUGCAUCUGCCCUUGCGCAUCUGGCCCAGGUACCAAGGUAUCGUGGUAUCCAGCAGGAACUUCGGGAAACCAGCCUUCUGCCAAGGCAACCUCAGGGACCUGAUGAUGGGUUUUGUGGUGGAGGGACCCUCGGUGCUCUAG